CCGUCUACAUGUUAUCCAGGGGCAUAUCGCUACAAGUCACACAUCUCCAUGAAAUUAUGGAUGACGUAAAGCAACAUGAGUCAGUGUGGCUCCCCUCCUGCCCGGCAGAGGGAGCCGCCCUGCCAACACCGCAGUGGGCAGAACUUCCGCCCCCAGUCCCCGCCCCCCGGAAGUCAAGGGGCGGGGCAGGAAGUAGAAAAGGAGCGCGCCCAAGCUCAGUCAGGAGCCAGCCGCCGCCGAGAGCAGACGUGCCUGUGGGAGCUCCCGGGUGGGAGCCCUCCUCGGCCCAAGGUAGCUGCCCUGCCUGGCCGGAGCUUCCCCGCGCCCGUUACGAGGCGGACCACCGGAGCCUACCCGGAGCCGGUACUGGGAGGAGCCCCCAGGAUUGCCGAGCGCCCGCUACGACGAGGAGCCCCCUCGGCCUUGCUGUUACCCAGAGGAGCCGCCCGAGCAGUCCUGGCCCAACUUCCCGGAGGAGCUGCCGGACCUGCCGCCAAGCCCUCCACCGGAGCCGAUGCAGACAGACUGGCCUGAACCGGGUGCGACUGAUGAGAAACAUUCAAGAAAAGUGACAACAGCAUCCACACAGGAGUGUGAACUACCUGGAGAGCAAUUGGAGUAGUCAGCAGCACAGCUGGGGAGUAGGAAAUGGGCCAAGGAAGAUGCUAUCUGUAUUGGGAAGAACCCAGCAAACUUGGUCUCCAGGUUCUCAGACAGUUCUGUUGGCCAAGGCUGGCUUAGAAGUUGCUUUUCCUGCUCAAGAAAAUGGGGGCUGACAGUGAAAACUUAGUCCUGAGGAACAUGCUUAUCGGUCUCAACUUGCUCCUGCUGGGAUCAGUCCUCAAGCCCUUUGAGUGCCGGCUAGAGGUGACAACAGAGCGGAUGAGGAGGCGAGUAGUGGAUGAGGAAGGCAACUUUGCCAACUACAGCCCACCUAUCAAGGAGCAAUCCAUGGUCUUCAACCAUGUAUACAACAUUAACAUCCCCCUGGACAGCUUCUGCUCAUCAGCACUCGAGGCGUCAUCUGACCAGGAGGUGAGUUCAGAAGACGACAGGAUGACGGAAUAUACGGAGCAGACCUCAGACAGCGAGAGCCAGGUCACCUUCACCCACAGGAUAAACCUCCCCAAGCAGGCUUGCAAGUGCUUCACCUCUGCCCAGGUCAUGCAGGAGCUUCAGAGCAGAAUUGAGAUGCUGGAGAGGGAGGUGUCCAUGCUACGGGACCAAUGCAACUCCAAUUGCUGCCAAGAAAAUGCAGCUACAGGGCAGCUAGAUUACAUCCCCCACUGCAGCGGACACGGUAACUUUAGCCUGGAAGCCUGUGGCUGCAUCUGCAAUGAAGGGUGGGCUGGAAAAAACUGCUCAGAGCCCCACUGCCCCAUGGGCUGUUCCAGCCGGGGCAUCUGCGUAGAAGGCCAGUGCAUCUGUGACAACGACUAUAGUGGGGACGAUUGCUCAGAGCUCCGUUGCCCGACGGACUGUAGCUCCCGAGGUCUCUGCAUGGACGGGGAGUGCGUCUGCGAAGAAGGUUAUGCAGGGGAAGACUGCAGCGAGCUGAGGUGUCCCGAUGACUGCUCAGGAAAGGGGAGAUGCUCCAAUGGCACCUGCGUCUGUCAGGAGGGCUACGUGGGGGAAGACUGCGGUCAGCUGAGGUGCCUGAAUGCCUGCAGUGGACGUGGGUUCUGCCAGGAGGGGAUGUGCGCUUGUGAGGAAGGUUACAAGGGACAGGACUGCUCAGCAGUUGCCCCACCCGAGGAUCUGCGAGUGGCUGGGAUCAGCGACAGGUCCAUUGACCUGGAAUGGGAUGGGCCAAUGGCAGUGACAGAAUAUGUGAUCUCCUACCAGCCAGUGGUGCCGGGGGGCCUUCAGCUCCAGCAACGGGUGCCCGGGGACUGGAGUGCUGUCAACAUUAAGGAGCUGGAGCCGAGCCAAACAUAUAACAUCAGCAUCUACGCUGUCAUCAGCGACAUCCUUAGCAUCCCCGUCACUACCAAGGUGACUACCCAUCUCUCCACUCCACAAGGGCUGCAGUUCAAGACUAUCACAGAGACCACCGUGGAGGUGCAGUGGGAGCCCUUCUCUUUCUCUUUUGACGGCUGGGAGAUCAGCUUCAUCCCCAAGAACAACGAAGGUGGAGUCAUCGCACAGCUUCCUAGCAGUGUCACCACUUUUAACCAGACAGGACUGAAGCCUGGGGAAGAAUACAUCGUCAAUGUGGUAGCCCUCAAGGAGCAAGCCAGGAGCCCCCCAACCUCCGACAGCAUCUCCACCUUAAUUGAUGGGCCAACCCAAAUCCUGGUGCGAGACGUUUCAGACACGGUGGCCUUCGUGGAGUGGACCCCACCCCGAGCUAAAGUAGACUACAUCCUGCUGAAGUAUGGCCUGGUGAAUGGUGAAGGAGGGAAGACCAUGUUCCGACUGCAGCCUCCCCUGAGCCAGUACUCGAUGCAGGCCCUGAGGCCCGGCUCACAGUACGAAGUCUCUAUCUCCGGGGUCCGAGGGACCAACGAGAGUGACCCUGCUGUCACCACCUUCACAACAGAGAUCGAUGCACCCAAGAACCUCCGGGUGGGCUUGCGAACAUUGGCCAGCCUGGAACUGGAGUGGGACAACAGUGAGGCGGAGGUGCAGAACUACAGGGUGGUGUACAGCACGCUAGCAGGCGAGCAGUACCACGAGGUGCUGGUGCCGCGGAACGCUGGCCUGACAACCCGGGCCACCCUCACAGAUCUGGUGCCAGGAACCGAAUAUGGAAUUGGGAUAUCAGCCGUCAUGGAUAGCAAGCAGAGCAUCCCAGCCACCAUGAACGCGAGGACCGAGCUCGACAGCCCUCGGAACCUCGUGGUGACAGCCUCCACGGACACGUCUAUCUCCCUGGCCUGGACCCAGGCCAAGGGCCCCAUAGACCAUUACCGCAUCACCUUCACUCCAGCCUCCGGAAUGGCCUCCGAGGUGACUGCACCCAAGGAUAAGUCUGAGCUGACACUCUCAGACCUGGAUCCCGGUACAGAAUAUACUAUCUCAGUCAUUGCCGAGAGAGGCCGUCAGCAGAGCUUGGAGUCCACAGUGGAUGCAUUCACAGGGUUCCGACCAAUCACACAGCUGCACUUUUCUCAUGUGACUUCCUCCAGCCUGAACAUCACCUGGAGUGACCCCUCCCCUCCGGCAGACAGGUUUAUCUUGAACUACAAUCCCAGAGAUAAGGAAGAGACCAAGCAGGUCAUGCUAGAUGCCACCAAGAGACACGCCACCCUGUCUGGCUUGCAGCCAUCUACGGAGUAUAUUGUGUCACUGGUGGCCGUGCAUGGUUUGGUCAGCUCCGAGCCCAUAGUGGGCUCCAUCACAACAGGGAUCGACCCCCCGAAGAACCUCACCGUGGGCAACGUAACCAAGGACUCGGUGAUGAUCUUCUGGGCCCCUCCUAUCACAGCUUUUGACCACUACAGAGUGUUCUACCGAUCUGCACAAGGAAGAGCGGACAGCAUGGCAGUCACCAACGACGUCACUGAAUACAGCCUCAGCCGCCUGCAGCCAGCGACCAAGUACGAGAUCAGCCUGAGCAGCGUGCGGGGCCGGGAGGAGAGCGAGCGGGUCUCCAGCAUCGUGUAUACAGCCAUGGACCACCCGCUGGGUCUGACUGCCACCAAUGUCACCCCAACAGAAGCCCUGCUGCAGUGGAACCCGCCUCUUUCUGAGGUCGAGAACUACGUCAUUGUGCUAACGCACUACACAGUUGCAGGGGAGACCAUUCUAGUGGACGGGGCCAACCAAGAAUACCAGCUGAUCAACCUGAUGCCCAGUACCAGCUACAUGGUCACCAUGUAUGCCACCAAUGGGCCUCUCACUAGCAGCACCAUCAGCACCAACUUUACAACUCUUCUGGAUCCCCCAACUAACUUGACUGCCACUGAGGUCACCCGCCGGAGCGCCCUCCUUUCAUGGCAACCUCCAAUGGCAGAGAUCGAGAACUACAUCAUGACCUACAGAUCGACUGAUGGAAGCCGGAAGGAGCUGAUAGUCGACGCUGAGGACACCUGGAUCCGCCUAGAGGGGCUUUCGGAGAUCACGGAAUACACCGUACGCUUGCAGGCAGCCCAGGAUGCGAUGAGGAGUGGGUUCACCUCCACCAGCUUCAUCACAGGAGGCCGCGUGUUCGCUAAUCCUCAGGACUGUGCCCAGCAUUUGAUGAAUGGCGACACCAUGAGUGGAGUCUACACCAUCUCCAUCAAUGGGGACCUCAGCCAGCGAGUGCAGGUGUACUGCGACAUGACCACGGAUGGGGGAGGAUGGAUUGUGUUCCAGAGACGGCAGAAUGGGCUGACAGAUUUCUUUCGAAAGUGGAUGGAUUACCGCGUUGGCUUUGGAAACCUAGAGGAUGAGUUUUGGCUGGGGCUGGAUAACAUUCAGAAGAUCACAUCGCAGGGACGCUAUGAGCUACGAAUAGACAUGCGAGAUGGCCAAGAGGCAACUUACGCCUAUUACGACAAGUUCUCCGUUGGUGAUGCCAGGAGUCUGUACAAGCUCCGGAUAGGAGACUACAAUGGCACUUCCGGAGAUUCACUCACCUAUCACCAGGGACGUCCGUUCUCCACCAACGACAGAGACAACGACGUUGCUGUUACAAACUGCGCCAUGUCAUACAAAGGGGCCUGGUGGUAUAAGAACUGCCACCGGACCAACCUCAACGGCAAGUACGGCGAGUCCCGGCACAGUCAGGGGAUUAACUGGUUCCACUGGAAAGGCCACGAGUUCUCCAUACCCUUUGUGGAAAUGAAGAUGCGACCCUACAACCACCGUAACAUCUCGGGAAGGAAACGACGGUCCCUACAGCUGUGAGCCAGCAGGAAUCCUGUCCCUCCCCGCCCCAGCCACCCGACCUUUUCUGUCAUUCGUUUGUAUUUUAUAAUAUGAAAAGGGAAAAGAAAUACUACUACUCUGAGCUAGCAACCUGGUCCAUAGGAGUCCUGGAAGGCCUGACUGAGCGGCUGGUAGGCUUUGGAAAGGGAAGGGCCUCAACACCUUCCCAGUGAAAUGCCGAGUGCCCGCUCCCCCUGCCCACAACGUGGAAAGAGCGAGAGAGAUGGAUUUUUAGUAUUUUUUUAAAGACUUAUAAAUCCCAGGUGAACCCCCUAGGACAUGUUUUUGUUGAAGGUGCUCCCUCACCACCACCUCCAUGGCAGCAGGGCCUCCUUCACGCUGCAGGUCCUGUCAGCCAGGGACGUCGAUGGAGGCUGGCCAGGCCAUGCUCUGGGGGCAAGUUUGCUUUUCGGCUGAGCUGUUGGACUAGGGCCUGCAGCUGAGGCCGCAUGUAGCACCAGCUGCAGCCGCAUGUAGCACCAGCUGCACCUAGGCAGGGACCACACAUAGCGCCCGGUCAUUUGAUCAUACUCAGAGGCAACAAGUCUGAUGCCCCUUCAUCCCAGGGACAGAGACUCCACCUCCUCCCUCUGUCAUACCAGCCAGGGAGAGCCUGCCCCCUCCCCAGCAUAAUGCCCAAUCCCUCUGUUAGCCAUGAUGAUGCAGCUGUCCCGCUCCCUUUGACCAAGAACACACAGUGUUCCUUAUCCCCAGGAGCUCACUACAUGCGUGCACACAUACACAGUGGGGAGAAGUGAAUUUCAAGCUUGGCAUUGUGUACCGGGUUACUGCAAGUCAUAGAUCUCACAAGAAGUGUGAGAUGCUUGUCUGCAUUGUAUUCAUUUCUCCUUUCCUUUAGAGCAAUCACAGCCUACCUAUGAACCCCACCAUCACCAUACUUCUAACAUGCCCAAGGUCACCCCCUAUUUAUGGUAGGCGCAUGGGUAGUAACAGAAUGGAUGGUGCACUGCAUCUGCCUGUAGAUGUGAGCUGCUUUAGUGUUUUCUGGGGUGCAAAAGUGGCCCAUCUACUCUGCAUGUUGACUUCAUUAUAAACCCUUUGGUGGGUUUUUGCUGUUAUUUUUAUAAGGCCUAGCUCAGGGUUGAGGAGAGGAGAGGAGAGGAGAGAAGGAAUCACAGGAAACAGCUUCUAGGAAUCUUUAAUGUCAUUCUGAAGUAAGUUCAUUUAAGCUCCUUUUUCACUGUUAUUUUUAUGUACGAUAAUUUGUGACUCCGUUGUUAUUGGUCCUAAACCAAAGAGUAUUAGAGGAAGAGCAGUGAGCAGAAGAACUGGCCGCAGUUCAUCCUGAAGCUUGCAGAAUAAAUUGCAGCCAUGUGCUGUGACAUCUAGUCAUCCUGUUCGUGUUCCCUGGGGUUAUGGUUUGGUGGUUGAGGCAAAAGACCUCAAUGUAGAUUCUCUUCCCACCAGCCUCCUCUGUGAUCUUGGGUGAUUCACAACAUCUCUGUGAGCUGUUUCCACCAGCUCUCCCCUGGGAAACUGAACUCUUCCCUCCCUCACAGUGUUGUCGCAAGGCUUAAUUCAUUGACAUUUGUAGAGCGCUUUCAGAUCCUUGGACGAAAGGCCCCAUAUAAGUUCCAAACAUUAUGUUUUACCUCCUUAUAAAGGGACACUGCCCUGGUUAAAAUCUGAUAUUUAAAAGCUCUAUCCCAUCCCCCCUGCCUGUUGUUACUAACAACACCUUUAAUUAUUAAAAGUGAUUUUCAAAUACUGAAUUUACUCCUUAACGUUGAUGCUGCUUAUGUUUUGCACUUUAAUCAGUUUGGCCAAUGAGAACAGACCAGGCACUUUCCCCUGGUGCAUCCCAUGCACUAGCAUGAGGUGGUUUUGUGUGGGUUCACCAUACUGUAGAGGAAAGGUUACCGGGGAUUAUCGCUAUUUGAUAAUGGGCCUGAGUCUCGUUUACACCAAGGCUACUUUGCACUCAAUUGCAGUUUACGCUGACUUUCAGAGAGCACGUAAAGGGGCCUGAGUGGAACAUCACCAUGAACCAGAGGAGGUGUAGGGAGAUCAAGGAGGAACAACAAGGCUUCAAUGAAGAACUAGACCUGGGUUGGGAGGGGAGUAGGAUGGAUGAGACUCUCAUGAAAGGUAGAAAAUCUCUUCUGUCCUUAGCUACGUGCAUCACUUCAGAAUUCCAAAAGCCAACGAGAAGCAGCAGUUAGGACUGACAGAAGUUUAGGGAAAUCCCUAGCAAUUAUUUGUAUGAAAACUGCCCCCACCCAUUGGCAGUCCACAAACAAGAGGUGACCCUACGAAAUGACAAAGCAGGGUAGUUUAACGGUUAGAACUAAGUGUAGCAACUGAGCAUCCUGGCUUCAAUUCCCAUCUGAGGCAGUGGUUCUCUGGGUAACAUCAAGUUGGACAAGUCACUUGGCUUGAUUGGGCUUUCGUUGUCUCCAUUGUCCAUUCAGGUGGAAGCAUGAAACCUCACUGGAAAUGCUGCUGCUCAGCACUAGCGAUCCAGCAGAGGGAAAGAAAGCUGUUUCUUUGGAUUGGUACAAAAAAAAAAAAACAAUAUUCUAAAUCACAACUUCGCCCGAUCUUAUCCCCAUCCCUCCAUAGAAACUCAGAUUGAUCUUUCUUUAAGCCUAGUGUUGCUAGCAGGUAUCGCUUCUCCAGGAAAGGAUAGUUAUUCUCUCAAUAUAUUUCCCCACCACACACCCCUCCCUAGCUGCCUCCUAGCUGGGAUGGGAGGGUCCUAACGAUAGGAUUCCAUUAUCUGACCAGAAGAACACACUGCAGGAUGAAGGGCAAUUUGCAAUCUAUCUUUUGACCCCAGUGUAUCCCAUGACAAGUCAUUACCAUAGACUUGACGUGAUGUUACCAACACUGCAACAUGGCACGGGGUUUUGGCAAUCAACACUGACAUGAAAAGGAAUGGGCAGUAAGGGGCAGCCAGGGUGGGCUGAGCACUGAGCCCCUUGAGCAGGGAUUGUGCCUCAUUUUAUCCACACAUGGCACAAGCUAAAGUUUUUCAAACCAUCUCUUGCCUACUCUGAGUUGAACCUGUUUUUUUCCUCUGGCGCUGGGUGGAAAAUCCCUUCUCUCCAUCCUCCCACUGUCCCUUGUAGUCAAGAAGCUCAGCAAGGGUUCCCACCUGGAGUAAGCUGCUGAGGAACCUUUGCUUCUUCCUUCCUCUUCUUCACCAUCUCAGCCACCUUACAUGCUGUCUACCUGCGUAGAUUCCCAGCGCUGGCCUCCAUGCUAAUCAGAGAUCACUUGCCCUCAGGACUACUGCUGCUGCCCUCCCUCACCCUCAGUCUCUGAGACUAUUAGACCCCUCAAAGGAGAGAUGCCUAGAACAUUACAUUUCUGGUGCCUUGGGGGUAUCCUGGGAACACCGAGGCAACCAAUCAAUAAUGAAUAUCUGGCAAAAUCUGGCCCUUUUCCUCCAUGAAGUGUUGCCCACGAACAGGCUGCAAUUUUUCACAACAUGCUGGCUUCUCAGUUUUGUUCAAUUAACAUUUUGGAUGAACAAAACUUCAGCUAAUGGUUAUGUGCAAACUGUGUUCAGCGCUGGUGCUAUGGGAUUGGUCACCUGAUUAAACACGGCCUCUUUUCUUGCGCCCUCACAGGAUGACCCUUUAUAACUACUUCUAUAGCCAAAACAAAUUUGGUUUUCUCACUCAAUUAGUUCUGCUUCGUAACUGAACUAAUCUUGGCUUGAAAAUGCACAUGAAACAAACUUGGCUCCUCCAAGCGUUCAUAAGAAACCUAUACAAGAGGGAGCAAACACAACUGAAGGUAAAUUCUAUACCAGAGGUCGGCAACCUUUCAGAAGUGGUGUGCUGAGUCUUCAUUUAUUCACUCUAAUUUAAAGUUUCGCGUGCCAGUAAUACAUUUUAACGUUUUUAGAAG